CAUUAAUUCAAUUCAUUAAAUAAGCUUGUCCGAGGCAAUGGUUCCUGGUCAUCCUUCUCCCGGGCUUGUAUGAAUCGCCAUCGUUUUCGCAUUCCAUUGGCACGCCGCCAACUUGUACAACGGUCGUUCAUCUUGCCGAGACAACCUCAAGCUGGUCAUUCUCGGUGUUUGGGCUCUAAGAGCUUUAUUGAUUAUACUCCGCUAGUUCAACAUCCCUGGCGAAUUUCAAUUUCACCUUCGUCUCCGUUCGGGAUACUCAAUUAUCGGGCAACAGGGAUUCGCCUUGACUCUUCUGAAGCUACCACGUGUCGCGCUAAUACUAUUAUACGACGCACAAUGGCUACGGCACGGAAGAUUGAACUGUCCACAUCUGACUCUGGUGUCCUCUCCGCCGGGGCCAGGGAGGAUUCUGCUCGAGCCGCCAGCAAAAUUUUACAAGACAAUCUAGAGAAGAAUCACAUUUACUUUAAUGAUUCGGGGUUCCAUAAUCACAUCGUUCACCAUAUCCUAACCAUGUUUGCCCUCGGAGCUUCCCCGAAUGAGUUAAAGGCUGCUUAUGAGAGAGACAAAAGCUAUCAGAAGCCUGUUUUACCAACCAACGAGAGUGUAGUCCAGUCAUUAUACGACCAGGCCCAGUUCAAAGAUAGCUUAGGCAACCGAGAAGAUUACCCCAAUUUCUUGGAAUUCUUUCAACGAGAGAUCGAGAAGAAAGGGGUUGAGGAUACUGUCAACCAAUACGUUUUCGCCGAGGAUGAUAUUGCGCAAGACAUGCUGGCAAGAUUGUUCGGAGGUCUCAUUCAUCCACUCAUCCACUUGGGAUUUGGAAUUGAGUUCAAUCAGCCUGCCAUCAUAGCAGAGGCCCUUGCGCAGACUGCUACGCAUGAAAAUUGGACUGGGCCAAUGUUCCUCUUCCCUGCUGAAAAGGCGGCCGGCGGCAUUGGAAAGCCGGGAAAGAAAACAUUGCAGCAUAUCCUGGAAGAGAUACGGAACGAUAGGAAAUUAGCUAAUUCAGCGCACUGGGAGGAUGGGAACAGGAUGAGGGACGGCGUCCUUGCACGGGCACCCGAUGAAAUGAUUAAAUACGCUGCAGAAUUCACCGUCUCCAAGGAUCAACUGGAAGAAAAGCUUGUCGAGAUUAUUGACACGGUUGCCUAUUUCACAGCCACUGCCCAACGACCAUCCAAGCAGGUUAAAUUUGACUUCUUUUAUAUACAUGGCAUGAAUGCGUCGAUAUUUUUCACCAAGUUAAUCUCACUCCCUUGGCUAGAUAUACGCUCCAAGAUACGUCUCCUUGAGGGUAUGGGACGAUUGAAUCUCUUGCUGUAUGUAUCACGCAAUACGCCCGAGCUGCACCUCAACGAGGUGACCGAGUACCAGUCGUCGAGGAGUUGGGAGGAUGUUUUUGCGUAUGCCAAUGCACAUCCAAGAGAUGACGGACAUAUUGGCAAGCUGGCAAGAGCCAUGGCAAACGGCGAGAGAAUCUGCCGCCCCUAUGAGACCAAGGCCAAGGAAAGGGGAUUGAUGAUCACCGGUGAUAUGUGGCUAAAGAUUGGGAACAUGGUUAUGGACUCAACUUCUGAUGAGCAUUCAGUGUGGGUCCGUUCCACAGGUUUCGAUGGUGCAUGGGAAGAGUUUGAUGACCGCUCCCAUCUUUGAAGAGCUGUCCUAUGUCAGGUCGGGCUUGUAAAUUUGUGACAUAUAACCCGUAGGGAAAUUCAUGUACUUCUUUUGGACCACAGACUGCUGCAUAGUGGAAACACCAAUGAAUUGCAUAAGUUACGCGCUUUGUAAAGUGGGAAAGGGAACCAACAGUUUGUCGUGUUUGCAUGAAUGAUCACGUGGUGAUAGUUGAAUGGACAGUGAGAGAGUGGGGCGAUUGAUUAAUUAAUCAUUGAAUUUCCCCAACAGCUUCAUCCAUUCUCCA